ACCGCUCUGCACCGCCGUCAGCCGUGCCACUUGCGUGCGCGCACGUGUGUAUGUCGGUGUGUGCGUGCAUGGGUAGCUUUUUCGGUUUUUGAAAGACAGUACACCACGAUGGUGAUCUCGCAGGAGGUGCUCUCGAGGGCGGAGGAGAUCGCCGAUCAGGUUAUCCGCAAUGGCAAACACGUGCUUCCGACGUUGGCACGAUUAUGCCUCAUCGCUACAUUCCUAGAAGACGGUUUACGAAUGUGGUUCCAAUGGAGCGAGCAGCGGGAGUACAUGGAUGCCUCUUGGGGCUGUGGAAAAUUCCUGGCUACCAUCUUUGUUCUUGUAAAUCUUGUGGGACAACUCGGCGGAUGUAUCAUGGUGAUUGGCAGAUGGCGAGUCAACAUAGCCUGCGGCGUUCUCUUCUUCAUCGUGAUCCUACAGACUAUCGCUUACAGCAUUCUAUGGGAUAUGCAGUUCUUGUUCAGAAAUUUGGCGCUGAUAGGAGCGCUUCUGUUGGUAUUAGCUGAAUCCCGAGACGAAGGCAGAUCGCUGUUUGCCGGCGUUCCUAGUCUUGGCGACAACAAACCGAAAAAUUUGCUGCAAUUAGCCGGUCGAAUAUUGUUGGCAUUCAUGUUUGUUACGCUGAUCCGCUUCGAGAUAUCCUUCCUGCAGAUCCUCCAGGAUAUCGUUGGCAGCAUCCUGAUGUUGCUAGUGACAGUCGGCUACAAGACUAAACUGAGCGCAUUGCUACUUGUUGCUCUGCUGACUGCAUUGAACUUCUACCACAAUGCGUGGUGGUCCAUUCCUGAUUAUAAACCGCUCAGGGAUUUCCUCAAAUACGACUUCUUCCAGACAUUAUCAGUCAUCGGUGGCCUUCUGAUGAUAGUCUCUCUAGGUCCAGGCGGUGUAUCGAUGGACGAACAUAAGAAAGAAUGGUAGAAAUAAUUCCAUUUGCGGAUAUGAAGGAUGUAUGCGUCAUUGGGUUGUUGUCACGAAAGAUAAACCGAAUUAUCAGGCC